AUGACGAGGACGUCUGCGGGGGGAGUACCGACGUGUCAGGAGCUAAACAUGUUGCGUGAGCGGCUCAGCAGCGCGGAGCUGGGCCAGUCUCACCUCUUUAAGGGCUGGCCGUCCUCGGCGGAGGAGUUUACGGAGGAGCAACGGUGCCGGAUGCUGGAGUUAUUCCGCUUUGGGGACCACUACAGGGGCGGCGUCGAGCAGUACGUGCGCAAUGGCCAACGCCUCCUCUCGGCGACCGACAACGGUCUGCAAGAGUACACUGCCCUCGAUAACCCGUCCUACGUGUACGAGGCCCCUUCGCUCUUUGACCGAAGCGAGGAGUUGAUGCGUCUAGAGCGGGAGGGACUGAGCCACGUCAAGCAGAGCGUCUUUGUGUUGGUGGCGGGGGGUUUGGGGGAGCGGCUAGGGUACUCCGGGAUAAAGCUUGGCCUGCCCGUCGAGACAGCGUCGCGGCGCUGCUACCUCGAACACUACCUUGCCUGGGUGAACCACGCCGCCGGACCUAAUGCCCCUUUUGUCAUCAUGACCUCAGACGACACCCACGCACGUACAGAAGAGCUUCUGCAGGCGUUGGGGCGUAAGACGCCGAACGUGCAUCUUUUGAAGCAAGAAACAGUCUUUUGUUUUACCGACACUGCAGCACACCUUGCAGUCGAAAAUGGGAAGCUGCUUCGGAAACCUCACGGCCACGGUGAUGUGCAUUCAUUACUUUACAACGCGGUUGAUCGCGCCUCUGGGCGGCGGCUUCUGGAGUUAUGGCAGUCCCAGGGGUAUUCCUACAUCGUUUUCCUCCAAGACACAAAUGCCAUUGCCACACUGACGAUUCCGGUGAGCCUUGCGAUAAGUGCCAGGAAUCAUCUGGCAAUGAAUUUUACCUGCAUCCCGCGUCAACCAAAGGAGGCGAUUGGUCUCCUGUGUAAGGUUCGCAUGCGUGGUUCGGAUGUUGAGCGGACGGUAAACAUUGAAUACAACAAUUUUGCGUCUGUGGCGGCGUCAUUGACAGAGCUUGGGGGGGAUACGGCGGUACCGGGGUCUAUAUAUUCUCCGUACCCUGGAAGCAUCAAUACACUCAUACUGGAUAUAAAGGAGUAUCUGCCGAAGCUCAUAGAAUCCCAUGGCAGAGUUCCAGAGUUUAUUAACAUAAAGUUUAUCGACGAAACCAAGACAAAGUUUAAGCCGUGUCGUAUCGAGUCCCUUAUGCAGGACGUUGCACUCCUGUUUGACUCCUCAAAAACGCGUGUUGGUGGCGUCACCUUCAGUCGCUUUACGUAUCAGCCGGUAAAAAAUGCGCUGCAGGAAGGAAUCAAGAAGGCCUCUGAGGGACUUGCGGCGUACUGCGCAGCAACAGGCGAAGAAGAGUAUUAUGAGGCCCUCCGUCUCCGUUUUCAGGCUGUCGGACUGAAGUUGCCGGCACAUCCAAAUGAUGACUGCGUCGUGGAGGUGGAAUCUGUCUUGAAGCUGCAGCUCUUUCCCAUCAUUGUCGCGGACGCUGUGGCGAUGGGGUCCUCACUUGAGGAGAUCACACAAGGACUUCUCCCGCAUCCUGACAAGGUAACGGUGAGCUCACGGAGUGUAUUGCUCGUCGAGGGUCGCGUACGCAUUGAGAGUCUUGACCUUGACGGUGCCCUGCAUCUUGUGGGUCCGACAGAGAAGGAUGCGCCGCCGCUUGUUAUCAAUGCGCUGACCGUGAAAAAUGCCGGCUGGGUUGCACGCGUGUUGUCUGUGGACGAGGAAAUUGACGAGAUUCACCGUGUUCGUGGAUUUGUGCUUGAAGAGAAGGAGAUGAAAACUAUCCAUUACGCGACACUUUAA